AUGACGUCAUCACCUGUGCCAUCUUCGCCCAGCUCUCCUGUUGUCGUUGGCCAUAGAGGGUUCAAGAGCCAGUAUACUGAGAACUCGUUGCUUGGGUUUGGCAAAUGUUACGAAUCCGGGGCUACAGUGAUUGAAACCGACCUUUGGCUAGCUUCAGACGAUGUGAUUGUGAUAUCCCACGAUGUAAACACAAAACGAGUGUUUGUUGACUCAAAAGGCAAUGAGACAGAUUAUGUGAUCCUUAAAACGCCAUAUGAACCAGUCUUGAAACAUUUGCAAACUAAAGAAGGUCGAUACCCUUUACUCAGCUUUGUUGAUUUGCUUAAAUGGUUUACAAAGUAUGUCGAAGAGCAUGGAGAUAACGUUGAGGAAGGGAAAUUAAAGAUUCAGUUGGAUAUCAAAAAGUUUAACCCAACCAAAAUUACCAAGUAUAUUGUGCAAGAUUUGCUUUCGGUGAAAAACGAUAUCACUUGGUGGUUUGGCAGGAUCCAGUUUGGUAUUUGGGAUCUCAAGUUUUUGAAAUACUUGAACCAGGAUGAGUUUUUUCAACGUGAGGAGUUGCGCAAAAUUGACGAGGAAGGCUUUACUCAAUUUGACAUUUUCCAUAUAAGUCUUAAUUGGCGCGAUUCCAUAAACUAUAUCAACUACAAUGAGUAUUUAGAUGAAACAACACCAAAAAACAGAAAAGUUUUGAAGUUGACUGGGGUAAGUUUGAUUUAUGUAUCGACAUGGUCAACCGAAUUUUUAACAAAAUUUGUCCCCUUAUUGAGAAUACAGCACUUGAAGUUGUACUCAUGGACAGUUAAUAACAAGUUCCAGUAUGAGUAUUUGGCAAGAGUUGGGAAAUUGGCUAAAUUGGUAGAAUAUGGUAUUAUCAGCGAUUAUCCUGACGUGAUUGUAGAUAUUAAACACCACUCAAGAGAAGGACAGGAAAAUGUAUCUAAUGGUGAAUACUUAUCGGAGGAGGAGAGUCAACCAUUGGUACUUAAGGAUUACGAGAGCAGUCAGUACUUCAAUGAAGAUGGCGAGUUGAAUAUUGAAUUGACAUAUUUCCAAAGAAUGUUCCAUUGGAUAUUUACAGUGGUUAUGUCUUUGAAUGGCUCUUCAAGAAACAUUCGUACCGAUGCACAAAAGUUUGGUGCAAAAGUCGACGAUAGCAAAAUUGAGCAGAUUAAAAUCAAUCCAUUUGCUUCAAAAAUAUUUCAAACUUGUCAAAAAUACGGAGUGUUUUAA